AUGAACUCAACGCAAAGCUAUUAUACCGACGCUCAACCCGUUGAGCGCACUAGCCAGCCUCUCCUUACUGCCAUUCUCGCCGUUGCUGCCUCGCUGCUCAUCCUCGAGCAGGCCAUUUACAAGUACAAAAAGGGUCAUUUGCCCGGUCCCAGUUGGUCUAUUCCCAUUAUUGGUCGUUUCGCCGACAGUUUAAAUCCUAGUCUGGAGAACUACAUGUCUGGAUGGAAGCUGGGUGAUUUAUCUGCAGUCUCUGUUUUCAAUAUCUUCAUCGUCCAAGCUGCCAAGAACGAGUACAGUCGCAAAAUAUUCAGCAGCGCUUCCUACGCCGAGCCGUGUCUCGUAGCCAGUGCCAAAAAGGUUCUCGAUCCUAACAACUGGGUCUUCCUCAACGGCAAGGUGCAUUCCGACUACCGCAAGGGCCUCAACGUAUUAUUCACCCGCCGCGCACUAAGCAGCUAUCUCCCCAUUCAAGAGUCCAUCUACCGCAAGUACUUUGACAAGUGGACGCGUGAUGCCACUCCCAAGAGCUACAUGAUGUCCAUGCGCGAUCUCAACAUGGAAACCUCAUUAAAAGUCUUUUGUGGCGAAUACAUUCCCCAGCAUGCGCAAGACGAUAUCAGUGCCAAAUACUGGCUUAUUACCGUCGCGCUCGAGCUGGUCAACUUCCCCUUCGCUUGGCCUGGUACUAAGGUAUACAAAGCGAUAAAAGCACGCAAAGUGGCUGUUAAAUGGUUUGAGCAUGCGUCCGCUCAAUCUAAGGAGCGCAUGAGCAAUGAUGCAGAGCCAGAGUGUUUGCUUGACCACUGGACGAAGGCGAUGCACGAGGCUAAAAACAACGCUCAUACAGAUGGUUCAAGCAAAGUGUUACGCGCGCGCGAAUUCUCCGAUAACGAAAUGGCUAUGGUUGUCUUAUCAUUCCUAUUCGCUUCUCAGGAUGCCAUGACCAGUGGUGUUGUUUACAUCUUUCAAUUACUAGCUGAUCAUCCGGAGGUACUGGGUCGGGUACGUGAAGAGCAAUAUCGUGUCCGUGGUGGCGAUGUAGAUUCACCAACUACUCUCGAUAUGAUCGACCAGAUGACUUAUACACGCGCUUGUAUAAAGGAAUCUCUUCGUAUCAAGCCUCCUGUUAUUAUGGUGCCUUAUCUCACUAAAAAACCUUUCCCUAUCAACGCUGAUUACACUGUACCUAAAGGUACUAUGCUCAUUCCUAGUAUCUACCCCUCGCUUCAUGAUCCGGCAGUGUAUGGCGACCCUGAGUCAUUUAGGCCAGAAAGAUGGCUUCCUGAUGCUAAUGGUAAUCCGAGCGAUGCUGAAAAAGCUGCUGCUAACUAUCUCGUUUUCGGACAUGGUCCUCAUCAUUGCCUCGGGAAGGAAUACGCCGUUUUGCAUAUGACCGCUCUCAUUGGGUCUGCCAGCGUCCUUAUGGACUGGGAACACAUUGUUACUCCUCAAUCUCACAAUGUUGAAGUCAUUGCCACUAUUUUCCCCAAAGACGGCUUUGUCGCUAAGUUUAAUAAGCGUGAGUCGAUAGCUUGA